GCGACACGACGUACCGACUCCGUCGCCUCCUGCGCCGCGAGGAUCGCGCUGCUCUGGAAGCGCAGGCCCUCCUUCUGCGCCCCCGACACCUCCCGCACCAGGCGCUGGAAGGGCGCCUUCUGCAGGAGGAGGUCCGUGGAGCGCUGGAACUGGCGGAUCUCGCGCAGCGCCACGGUUCCCGGGCGCCAGCGGCGCUGUGCGUGUUUCACGCCCGUCGCCGCGCCAGGGGCCUUGGGGGCCUUCUUGCUCUUCUUGGACGUGAUGGUCCUCUUGCUCCGCGUUCAUGGGUGCACUGGUGGAGGAAUAUCAUCCCCCCACUGGCAAGUACCGGUGCGAUCCAAAGUCGCACCAGUAAGCGAGGAAGGUGGCUGGUUUUAUUAUUAUUUUAA